CUAGCACAUUGCGCACUGUUAACAAUCGAAAGAAAGAGAUAGUGCACAACGCACAUCUUCAUUGCAUUACUGCAUCGUAGGCAUUUUUGUACAUCACUUGAAGACAGAAGCGUGUGUUACUUUCGAUUCAAGAGAUAAUCUUUUUGAGAUUGAAGUGGAAAUUAGCAUGUAAACAUUUCCUAUAAAAUAUUUACCUGGGAUAUUUUACAUAUAUUGUUUUGCAAUUGAAAAGGUAUAUGGUUACAUAAAAUGACAUCACCAAAAAUGCACGACCCGUUGUUCCAUUUCGAAACUCAUUUCCCAGAAAGAUUAUCACGACUCCAUUUAAAUCCAGAAUUUUGCCCACAGGUACCGUCAAGGGCUAGCAGACGAUCUCGUGCACAGCGGAAGUGUGGUAGAUACAAGACUCAGCCAAUAACAUUUGACGAAAUUACGGAAGUUGACGAAGAAAACGUCCAAGACGAACCCAAUGAGGACAAUAUUAAGCAAUUGCAGGAAUUUUCGCGUUCAAUGGACGGUUUAGUCAUCAAAACCGCUAAAAAUUCUAGGAGACAUCAUGCAAAAUGUGAUUUAAGUAUACCAGAAGACAGAAAUAACAAUAAAAGGCAAGAAUCAGUGCAAGCAAGAUUGCAAACAGAAAGUUUAAAAGACAACAAAGAAAAUCAUCCAAAAAUGAAAAAUAAUAAUGGCGAACCUAUUGGCCUGCCACCUACUGGUCUAAGUCCAGCACGUGAUCCGCGAAGACAAAAAAUAACCGCAAAGGCAAAACGUCGUCAAAUGAUGGAUGAAUUGCAAAAAGACAACGAUCAAGAAACAUAGUUAUGCAUGUUUUUUUUAAAGGCUAUACUAUGUUAAUAUUGUGGAUAAAUAUUAUUUUUAUACAUAUACUGUGCUUUUGUGUUCGCUAUCAACAAAGUUGUAAAUGUUGCUUUAGAUUAGUGAGGAAAAUGAUUUUAAAAUGCAUCGUGAUGCUUAUUGUUACAUGUCAUAAGUAAUAACUCAACAGACUGGAAAUUGUUUAUAUAAUGUAUAUUAGGAACAAAGACAUUCUUUUGUGAAUUAUAAUUCUGAGACGAACAAUAACUUGUGACAACCCUUAUUUUAAACGGAUGCAUAUUGUGAUAGAAAUACUAUACAAGAACAAAGAAAUGAAAUUAAUGUUAUUACAUAAAAGGAAAGAGUAAUGUAAAAAUGUAUUUUGAAUCAAAUAUUUAUUUUUCUGUCGUCAAACUAAUGAUUACUGACACGUGACACGGACUCUAAUUGUGCAAUAACUAAUUAAGCAUCUGAAAUAUUAAAGUAAAAACAACCUUUA